AUGGAGGAGGAACAGUCGUCCUCCUCACGAGAACGUUGGCUGACGCGACACCGUUCGAACCGGAUGGAUAAUGGAGACAGUCGAGAAGAAAAGAACCUUGCGCCAACUUCUCCGGUGUCGCCGCUGCCCCGAUCCUAUUCGCGCGCAAGUAUGUCAAAUAUACGCGGGUUUGCCUUCUCUCGUGGAACGUCCGUAGGUGACGACGACGAACCGGCGGAUGCCUCGCCGAACGUGUAUAAGUUUGACGUGGCGCAUUAUAAGGACGGAUCGUUUCGCUUUAUACCGGCCUGUGCAAGUGACCUCAUUAAGUACACCGGCCGCGUGCUGCACCACGGUGCACACUCUUCUCGGAAGACUAAGAUCAACACGGUACAGUUUGAUUGGCCCGCUGUAGCUAUUCAAAUUUCGGUACGAGGCUCCAAAAGCGUCGCAGUACGACUUAAAGGUGAUGGCAACUAUUUUAACGUGUUCGUGAACGGCAAACUGCACUGUAUUCUUCGCGCGUCACUGAAUGCAACUUGUUGCGAUGUGGCGACGAACCUGAACGUCCAGCAGGAGCAAAUGAUCAAAAUAUGCAAGCGGACUGAGCCACAGAUGCGAGGAGCGAUGUCUACAUUUAAGGUUUGCACAUUUUAUGGAUUUAUUAUUGAAGAGAAUGCGGAGGUCCUGCCUGUGGAUCAACCAGAGCCUCAACCUAUACGCAAAAUGGAAUUUAUUGGCGAUUCGGAUACAUGCGGCUUUGGCAACGAGGGAAAAGUAAGCAGUGCCAAGAACUUGUUUGGUAUGAAAGGCCGCAUGGAAAACGUUUAUAACGGCUACGCGUGUAUUACUGCGCGUAUGUUUGACGCAGAAGAACAUGUUUUGGCUUGGAGCGGGAAAGGUGUACACAGCAACUCUGCAGAUUGGGGACCAAAUAUGCCUGCCUUGUGGAAAAACACCCUUGCAUCUCGACCCGGGGAUUGGGAUAUGUCCAGCUGGAUACCUGACGUCGUAGUGAUAAAUCUUGGCAUAAAUGAUUUAUCGCCUCCUGCAUCAGCCGAGACAGACCUGAUAACUGGCUAUGCGAUGUUUUUGUUAGAAGUGCGUUCUUAUCGCCCGGACGCGCACAUUUUCUGCAUGGUGUAUGACGAUGGUUGCAUAAGUUUAGAGGAUUCUGACACGAAUCGUAAGUUUGUGUCGCUUCAGCUGCAAGAGAUUGUCAGGGUGGCCAUUUCUCAAGUCGGAAAGCAGGACAACAAGAUGCACUAUACCUUCAUUAAGGUAGAAGAGGGUUUCGUCAAGGAAGAUUAUGCGUCCAUGAUGCAGUAUUCUGUUAGCGGCCACGUUAAGAUUGCCAAGCUGUUGGCUGACGAAAUUGCCUUGCGCACAGGAUGGAGCAUUGAGCACGAGCCGGAAACCAUUCCGUACCCACAGGCUAAGGAUCAGAUUCUGACGCCUCGAGACCACUCCAAGACUUCCUGUGCCGUAUUAUAA